AUGAAAGAAAAUCAUUUAAUACAAAUCAUUCGAUUAUAUUUAAAGGAACGAGAAACACGAACAUUAACUACGAAAAAGGAUAGUAGAUUAAAACAUGCAAAAGCACCUCCUUAUUUGAUCUAUCGAAAAUUGAAAGAACAAUUUAUACCAAAAACAGCGUAUUCUAAAAAAGAAUUUAAC